CGCAUAACGGCGUCCUAAAGGAAGCAGGGAAAACUCUCAUAAAAGAACAUGACCUGACAUGGAUGAUGAUUUCAGCCUUCCGGAGGAUCUGUUGAUUACAAAAAGAGUGUUUGUUCUGUUCUUCUCUCUUCUCAUCAUGGCCCUGGUUGGAGUGAGAGUCAUUGAGCUGGCGGGCCUUGCACCAGCACCCUUCUGUGGCAUGAUUCUUGCAGACUUUGGUGCCAAAGUGACCCGUGUGGACCGACUCAGGGCUGGUAUGACAGUGGACACACAGGCCCGGGGAAAGCGAUCUGUGGCCAUCAACCUGAAGACUCAAGAGGGGGUAGAGGUGCUCAGGAAGCUCUGUGUCCAGUCUGAUGUGGUUCUUGAACCCUAUCGUAAAGGUGUGAUGGAAAAGCUGGGCCUUGGACCACAGCAGCUGUUAAAGGAUAACCCUCGUCUGAUCUAUGCUCGGUUGACUGGAUACGGACAGAGUGGCAGUUAUGCCAGCGCGGCUGGACAUGAUAUCAACUACCUUGCCAUGUCUGGCCUUUUGUCACGGCUGGGACGCAGCGGAGAGAAGCCAUAUGCACCACUGAAUUUGUUGGCAGACUUUGCAGGUGGUGGCCUUUGCUGUGCCUGGGGGAUAGUUGUAGCGCUGCUGGAGCGGACAAAGUCGGGGAAAGGACAGAUUAUUGACGCUAGCAUGCUGGAAGGAGCAGCCUAUGUUGGCUCAUUCAUCUGGAAAUCCCGCAGCAUUGGAUUGUGGGAGCGUCCUAGAGGAGAGAACAUGUUAGACAGUGGCGCGCCCUUCUAUGACACCUACCAGACGUCAGAUGGACAGUACAUGGCUGUGGGUGCCAUAGAGCCACAGUUCUACAAACAGUUACUUAAAGGCUUAGACUUGGAUGCUGAAGUUUUACCAUCUCAGAUGAGCUUCAGCGAUUGGCCAGAGCUCAGGCAGAUCUUCACAGACCGUUUUGCCUCAAAAACCCAGGCAGAAUGGUCGAGGAUUUUUGAUGGGAUGGAUGCGUGCGUCACACCUGUGUUGUCAUUUGACCAGGUGAGCUCACAUCCACAUAACCAGGAAAGAGGUUCUUUCAUCAAGGACACCUGCAGGGAAGAAAGUCCCCGGCCAGCUCCAGUUCUCUCUCGGACCCCUGCAGAACCUUGUCUUUCUGAGAACCCAAAUGUUGGGCAACACACACGUGAGGUUUUAGAGGAGUAUGGCUUCACGUCAUCAGAAGUUGACCGGAUGCUAACUGCAGGAGUGGUGGAGUGUAAUGCUGCAAAGUCAAAGCUGUAGAACAACAUCUGGCAAAACCUGGUCUGGAAAUUUACACCUGCAGAUGUCAAGAUUUAGUGCAGACUGUUAAAGAGACUAGCUUUC